CUCCCUAACAACUCUGUGCAUGCAUGGCUGCCUUCCUGCUGAGCUAGCUAGCUGAACUAUUCUAAUUCUUUAGGCUAACAGACCCUCAAUAUAAAAGGAUCAAAGAGACAUAAUUUAAUAGAAGUGGACUCCUACUACACGGUACAACAUAAUGGCAGAUAAUUCUCCAGCCGAUAAUUUGUUCUUUUUUUCGGCUGAUGAUCGCCAAAUUGACCCUUCCGACCCCGUCCUCAAGUCUGUCCCGUCAGUGGGUGUGGUACAACAGCCCAGGUCACACCUAUUACCAGAAAGUCGUCCGACGGACCUGAGUGUGUUGUCUGCCUUGAGGGCUGGUCCUAAUCGCGUGGGUGGGGGAUUUCCCGUAAGCAUGGACAACGAGGGUGGACUGUUGUAUAGUUUCACACUGCCGAGUACUAAACCACACCCAACGAAACCACCCUCUGUGACAGAGAGUUUCGGUAUAUUGUCGACUCAGGUGAGUCGCUCUAGUAAUGCCAGCCUGAGACACGCCCAUUCUGCCACACCCUCCAUCGUCAGUGACAGUGAGACCUUUGACCUUCGAGAGCCUCUCACCAGCUCACCAUACUCAUCGGACCUUGACAGAAACGCUGUCCCUAUGGCAACCAGCACAAUACCUAGUCUAGACAACACAGUCUCACAGCAAAGUGAAGAAACAGUUGAUCACACCUCCAGAGAUGCCACACCCAUCCCUGAUCUCCAUGGAAACCAAACUACUACAGCGCAGACCGACGGACAAUCAAUUGAAUUUGUCGAGAAAUUACCACAAGAGAACGAAGAUUCAACUCAUGAACAAUAUUCUGACCGUGCCUUUACCUCACUAAAGACCUCAACUUUACCUUUGUUGCCUCCCUCCCCCAAAGGCGCCGAGUUCCCUCCACACAGAUUGUCUAUUAGACACGAUGAUUCGGAUAUCGAGACAAGCUCAGUGGUAUCAGUGCAGCAUCUUACAGAGGCGUACCUGAACGAUCCGUUUGAUUCGGCAGAGGAAAACCUAACAGCUGGUUCUAGCAGUCACAUGAUACCCGUCACCCUCCCGAUAGAAGUGACCUCCGCUAGGAAAUCACACACCCCCACACCGGUUGAGAAUAAAAGCCUUGGUCUACCCAGGUCAUUAUCUGACCACAGAUCUACGACCCCCGAACCUUCAAAGUUACCCUCGCAUAUCCAAGCCUCCGAUAAACCUAAGAAUAAGUGGCAUCGCAACUCAUCUUCAUCUGAUAAGCACUCGCCCCCCACCCCUCGAUUGUCGUCACUCGUACCGUCUACAAGAAGGACCCCCAGCGAAGAUGGAUCUUAUCAACUGUUGCCAGAGUCUGAAUCUGGACCGCUCAGGGAUAAACUGACCAAAGCCCUGCAGGCUAAAGCUAACCUCGAAGGGCAGCUGCAAAGUGUCGUUAACGAAUGUAAAAACACUCUCAAAGAUCGAGCAAAUUUGCAGUCGAAAUUGAGUCAAGCCGAAGCUCAACUCGACGAUUUAACUGAGGCGCUUGAGAAAGAAAGACAGAAAAACAUUCGACCAAAUUCAAACAAUUUAUCACAAUUGUCCUCUAAUAAUGGCCAAGAACUUAAACAAUUGAGAGAGGAACUUGAGGACAAAAUUGAUGGGGAGAAAAUGGCGGGGGCUGUUCUUGGACGUGAAUUAGCUGAAGAAAAAGAACAUUCUCAAAAACUGGACAGACAGCUCACCGAAUCUAGAGCAGCGUUGAAGGAACAAAAAGAGGCCACAGCGUUGUCACAAAAGAAGCUUAAAGAUGCUCGAAGUGAACUAGAAAAGAAGAAAAGUGAAUUGAGUGGAGAGCAGUCGAAAUCGUCGUCUCUGGAAGCCAGUUAUGGAGCUCUGGAAGAAGCUAAAGGAUGGCUGCAUCAGCAACUUCAAGACUCAAUGGAAACUAAAGGGAAGCUACAACGCGAGCUAAGUGAAGCGAAGGCCAACGCAAUAGCACAGAGUAUCAAGGUCGAACAGUUGUUGGAAGAGAACUCAUUGUUUCAGAAUCAAAUCGGUCAGUUACAGAGAGCUGUACUCCAUGACAAAGCUAGAAUGGUCAGUGAGCUAGAAGCUAUCGAAGCCGACGUUAUAUCGAGAGAGGACUCGUUUGAAAAUGUGUUAGCAGAGACGCAUGAAUUGAAAAAAGCGGUGAAAUUCCAGGAAGAUAUGGUCGAUAAAUUGAAAUCUGAACUAGCUGAUGCUCUAACUGCUAAAGAAGAGUCUGAGGAGAAAGCAGAGGAUGUUGAAAUGAAGAAUGAAGUUUUAACCCACACUGCCAAAGAACUCAAGGACAGGCUGCAAGCUACUCAACAAACACUUUGUGACAAAGAAUCGAAAAUGGAGGAAUUGGAAAGCGGUUUGCAAGAAAGUCUACGAGAUGCAGAGGCCGCUCUGGUCGGUAAAGGCGCGGCUUUACAAGGUCUUAAAGAUGCUAGGGAGAUUAUGAAACAGGAGUUGGAUAUGACUAAUGACGGGCGAAAGUUUCUCGAAACCGAACUUGAUGAAACUAAACACCAGUUAGCUAUAUUGGAGGGAAAAUUGAAAUCUGCUCUCAAGGAAAAGGACUCCAUCUUGCGAACGUCCGAGCAAGCCAGGCGAGCAAUGGCAGCUGACAACGAAAACCUUACCUCACAAUUAAUGGAAAAAGAUCGUCUACUUGAAGAAAAAGUUGAAGAAUUACAAACCCUUGAAUCACAAUCGGGAGAAAUAAUCGAUCACUUCAAGAACCUGCAAGACCAGUUUCAGUCAAUAGCCACCAAGAGCGGAGAUGUACAAGAUAGUGUGGAAGAAAAGGACCGAGUUAUUUCCCACCUUGCCACAGAGAAAGAUUCAAUGGAGGACGAACUGUGUUCUUUGAGGGAGGCCAAGAAAGAAUUGGAUGAACAACUGGCACAAUUGAAACAAGAGAAGGCUCAUCUUGAAGGCAAAUUGGACACCUCACCUUCGAAAAGUUUGGAGGAGUUUCAGAAGCUAGUACGGGACAAAUCACAGUUGCAGGCUGAAGUGAAUUCGUUGAAAAUUGCACACCAAGGAGAGCUGAUCAAGGCUCAAGCCAAAGCUAACCAUUUGGAGACAGAGCUGCGAACGUUGAAAAGAAUUGAAGAUCAAACUAAGAGAGAAAUGGAAGAAGCGAUGCAAGAACACGAUUCGGCUGUGUCCAAACUUGAAGACGAGAAUUAUCGAUUGAAAAGCGAGCUUAGAAACGCAUCUGUGAUGCUGGAGAGUCCGUUGAAAGCAAAUGCCACCCCUCAACUGAGGAGUAGUCUAAGACAAGCCGAGAGAGAGAGGGACAAACUAAAGAGCCAAACGGAGAAUCUCACGCGACAGAACAAGCAGCUCGGCGAGCAACUUGAACAGGAAAUGGCACAGAAAAACGAAAUCGAAAGAGCUGGCACAGUGGUGGUGAAAAAACUGAAGCAAAAUGGACAAGAAAACGAGUUGAAAUUGCGUGACGAGAUUCAAGAGUUGAAACUUAACAUUGAGAAGCUGACUGGACGACUGUCUGGUAUGGAGCUAACACAGGGCGCUAUGAGGGACCAUACAGGUGGGUUGGAGGUGGCACUGGCAAAGAGGGAGGCGUGUCUUCUGAAACUAUCCGCUCAAGCACAACGUGUUCUCGAGGAGAAAGAACUUGAAGAUGAAGCCAUUGCCGAGAAAAUGGAGCUGCUCGAGAAACAGCUACAACAUUCUAAGCGAGCACAACAGACCUCAAAGGAGGCUGAAAAAGAAGAAAGGAAGAAAUUGGCCGAGUUGAGUAGUGAGCUUUUGAGCAAAGAUAGACGUUUGAAAGAUUUAGAGGAACAAUUGUCAGAGAUUGCCGGUGAAAUGGAUAGUCUUAAAGAAGCAAUGGCGGACCUCACAACUGAAAAAGAACAGGUAUCUUUUGAACUUAACAAACGAUUGCAAACGACUGAAGCACAGAGUACGUUACUGAGAACAAAAGAAGCACAGUUAAACAUUUUGACACAAGAGUUACAAGCACAAGUACAAGCGCUUGAGGGGGAAAGGAACAUGUUAGAAGACGAGUUACAGCUGGCAAACAAGAGACAUGCGGAGGAGAUGGAAGGGUUAAGAGCACAGCUGCUCCGUCACGGCCGAGUGGACAGCUCAGCUGGAAAUGAGCCAGAUGGUCCAGGGGGUGUGGUCAGUGGGGCUGAGAUAAGUGCUCUGGAUCGAUGGUUAACGGAGCAGCAAGGACUAGCACAGACGGUCGCCGAAAAGGAGGGUAUAAAGAGAAAGUUAGAUGAUCUGCACCGAGCAAAGGCUGCCAGUAAAAAGACACAGGGAAGACGGACACGUGACGGCAGUGGUGCUGGUGAAACCCUCGGUUACACUCAGGCCAUGCAGACGGAGAUGACAUCACGACUGGAGGAGGCCAGGAAGCAGGGUCAAAAGGUCGCGGAGAUACAGAAGUCCGGGGAGAUUGAUGCUCUUCACGAGCAGCUAGGAACUAAGAACAAGAAGCUGCAUGGUCUCCAGUCAUACCUUGUGUCUCUGAGGGAGGACAUGGGACAGAUGCAAUCUGACAUGGACAAGCACUCGGCCUCAAUGCACGAAUCACACGCCUCUACAAGGGAGAUUGAGAGUCAGAUAAAGAGCCUCAAGAGAUCAGCUGUUCCCUCGUUGCAUCUCUCCACGUCCAGCAAACACUCAUAGCAAUGACCCACCUCUUACGUAUACGUUGGUCAAGUUCUUAUUAACUCUUAACUUAUUUGUGAUAUCAACCGAUUUAUAAUUAUCUCUCAAUUUUGUAUAGCGCUGUGUUCAAUAUCAAUUGAAAAUUGUCUGAGAUCUGCAUUAAUUUAAACGUG